UCUGUCUCCGCAGUGAAAACCCGGACGAAAGACAAAUAUCGUGUGGUCUAUACAGACCACCAGCGCCUGGAGCUGGAGAAGGAGUUUCACUACAGUCGCUACAUCACCAUCCGAAGGAAAGCGGAGCUGGCAGCCACACUCGGAUUAUCAGAGAGACAGGUAAAGAUCUGGUUUCAGAACAGGAGGGCAAAGGAGAGAAAGAUCAACAAGAAGAAGUUGCAGCAAUCUCAGCCAGGCGGUGUGCACAGCGGAUCAGAACCCAUGAGCCCAGUCUCCUCGAUGCAACCAGGGACAACCACUUCAGGCCCCAAUGGAGGUGUGUUGGGCACCACUGGCCUAGCACCGCCCACUGCACAGUGACAGCCAAUGGGACAAAAGACUGAGCAGCUGGCGAUCCCUGCCCUCCUUGCUGAAGGGAGAGG